AUGGCGGACGGGCAGUAUUCGUUCAGCCUCACGACCUUCUCCCCCAGUGGAAAGCUGGUGCAGAUUGAAUAUGCGUUGAACCGCGUGCAGCAAGGGGCCCCUGCUUUAGGUAUUAAAGCCAAGAAUGGGGUGGUGUUAGCAGCAGAAAAGAAACUCCCAACUCCUCUUCUUGAAGCGGAAACCAUCAGCAAAGUCGACACAUUCACCCCUUCCGUUGGAUGCGUCUUCGCUGGAAUGCCAGCGGACUUCAGAGUUGUCCUCAAAAAAGGCAGAAAAGAAGCUGCUGCCUACGAACUUUACUACAAAACACCUAUGCCUACAAACCAACUGGUGCAGGGAGUUGCAUCAGUUAUGCAGGAAUAUACACAAAGUGGAGGCGUUCGACCCUUUGGUAUUUCCUUACUCGUGGCAGGGUACGACAACUGGGGGCCGCAGCUGUACCAAGUCGACCCCAGCGGCGCUUACUUUGGGUGGAAGGCAUCAGCCAUUGGUCGUGAUAUGCAGAAUGCGAAGACAUUUCUAGAAAAGCGAUACACCUCAGAUAUGGAAUUAGAAGACGCAAUUCAUACCGCCAUUCUCACGCUUCGUGAAGGUUUUGAAGGAGCUUUAACAGAAAAGUCGAUAGAAAUUGGAAUUAUAGGAGAAGACAGGAAAUUCAGAGUACUGACACCCGCAGAAAUAAAAGACUAUCUAAGUGAAGUGGAAGUUGGCACUGCCUAA